AGGCCCUGCCGUAGACAUUAACUCGUUUCCUCCUCGCCUCUCACACAACUCUAUAUCAGAUCCCACCACACCCAGAGAUCAGACGUAGCUCCCAGAGAUCCUUGAACUAGUCCGUUUCCCCACGAUGUCCGAGGGCUUCAAGAAGCACUUCAAUGCCAGCACCAUGAAUGGCCGUGCGAAUGUGGCCAAGGUCACGUAUGCGACCAUGGCCCUCCUGUAUAUUGUGUACCGAAUACGGCGGCGAUCGGGAAAGAAGUCUGGGGCUGGCGGCGGCAUGCUGGCCGAUGGCAGCUGCAGCUGUGACAAGGAGCGCGACCCGUCAGCAGGAGGGCUCGACUCCGAUACGGGCUUCUACGAGAUCGAUCCCGAGUGCGGUUCGUGCCGCGAGCGAUCGGAGCGCGCCAUGUCCGAGUACGAUCGGGAGCAGCAGCGCCGCUCGGCGGCAAAGGCACGGCAGGACGAUCAAUGCAGAUCCGAGCCGCCCCCACCGCCGUCCUCGUCACCGCCGGCGUCUGGUGGGGCUGCGGCGCCGCGUCGCAAGUGCCCGCGAGAAUCCGCACCGAAAGGUCGAGGGUGCCUGAAGAGCAGCAGCAACGACACCAGAGCCUUCAUGCAACGGCAACAACAGGAGCAGCAGCAGCAGAGGGCCUUCAAGUAUCAGUCCCCCCAGGAGGCAGAUGAAGUGCGUCCGGCUAGCGAGCUGGUGGGGCAGGUGCACGGUGCCGUCUACCGUGUGCUCAGCGGUGUCUUCAAUGCCGUCAUGGGCGGAGGCUCCGCCGAAAGCAGCUCCGCCAGCAGCACCGCCACUGCCGCAUCCCAGACCGAAAAGGAGCGACAGGCAAGUGGCGGUGCCUGCAACUGCUUGGAAACUGCAGCUGCCCCCCUGGCGGCCGAUCAGGUGGAUGCGGAGGACGACGAGGAGGCCGUGAACGCGGCCCGAUACGAGGCCAUGGACUGUGAGUGCUGCUGUGAUUCUGCUCCGGUGGUGGACGAAGUGCAAGCCCAACCAGAAGAUGGUGCCAACUUUGGCUGCUACAACGAAGGCUACGCCUCGGGCAUGUUCUUCGGCCAGGAAGAUGACUGAAUACCGAUGACUGGGGGGUGUGGCAUUUAAUUCUGGGUGGUUCCCAGGUCCCAGGCCACUUUUUUGGGCUCAACUAAAUUUCCAGCUAAUCCAAAUAAAUCAAAAUUACUCAUUGAACCUCAAAAAUAAGCUAAGUG